GUAAAUGCGAGCAAAAAAGAGUAGCGAAACCGACAACAGUUGACGUAAACGAUCGACAUACCACGUGAUGUAUAGCGUUGGCGUGCAUGAGUAGUGUCUAGCUGAGUACUCAUAUCACCAGUUAAUCAUACUUUCGCCGCCGCUCGGCCGUGAAGAGCGACAGACUGUUGACAAAGACAACCAAGGUCUGACUUGCAGUUGUUUGCUAAGUGCAUACAUUGAAAAAUGUCAGACGACUCGAAAAAACAAACUGAGGACUUACUUGGUUUCUUUGGCUUAGUCAAAGACAAAAAGUUUCUGGAAGCAACAUCCAUGGUAGUGGACCUUGCGACUGGAGAAAAAGCAGCGUUAUUCUUGGACUUGGGCAAAAAUUUUCUUGAGGCAGCGAAGGCCGUGGCCGAAUGGGGAGAUGAGACAAGACGUGCUCUGGUUGAAGCCAAGGUGUCACACAUAUCCUGCUGGGAUACAGUUCAGUCUGCCAUAGCAUCAGCAGUAGAAUUUGCGUCAGCAGUUGAAGAAUUUGCCGACUGGAGUCGAUCUGCUGAAACCAUUGAGAAAGUGAAGAGAGGAAUAAGGAACAAUGAUUUCAUACCAUUCACGUCUCUAAUGGGUAUGGUGAAGGACAAAUUAGAGGACACAAAUACAGCGUUUGAAUCCUAUCAAAUUGACGCUAACGCAGCAAAAGUCAAAGUGUUGGAUGAGGUCAAAAAAGCUGGGAUGGAGAUCGUCAAAAGCAAACGUAGCAAGAGAAAGUGGAUGGGUGGCGGAAUUCUGUCUACAGUAUGCGCAGUCGGAGGUGUUACCGGUAUUGUUCUCUCUGCUGUGUGUCCGCCUCCUGGAGUACCCUUGACUGUCGCUGCGUUCACCGCUUCAGGAACAGUAACUGCAUCAGGCGUAGCCGCUGCUGUUGGUACGGGCAUUAGAGCAGCAACGUUUGCAAAGGAGAUCAAGAAAUUCGAAACAUUAGCAGAGAAGCUGGAUGAGAUGUCAAGUUCGUGCUCUUCUCUUACGAAAGCCAUAAGAGAAUUGCUCGAUGUCAAGAGCGCACAGCGGGCAGUGAAAGGUGCUCAUAAAGCACGUGAAUUUGCCCAAGGAGGUUAUAACGAUGAUCUCAUCCGUGCAGUGGAGCGCAUCAAGCCGGUAACGGCCAAGUUAUACAAUGCAGCUCGCUGUGCAAAAGAUGUGCUAAACGAGCUCUUGGAUAAGCUGGCUAGAGCUCAAUGACAGUUCACCCAAAGAUACUUUGCACGGAAGUCACAAUUUGCUUGUUUAGACAAGUCUACUGGUAGUGUUUUAGACGUACGUGUCAUAUAAUUGUCGUUCUGUAGUGACUCUCAUUUUAUUUUCGUUUCUCAUGUGCACCGACAACUUGUAAACUGCAUGCCACGCUGACAGAAGUGUUUAGGUAGGUGUGUUUGAUUCAAAGGUGCACACUUCUACACUUUAGACAAUAAAACGUUAUUGCUG